GUGGAUGUGACAGCCAUGGCAUGGCUCUUCGGCUACGUGGACGUGACCGACUCUGGCUUCAUUGUGGCUGUCCUCUCCAUCGCCUUCAACCCGCUCUUCUGGAACGUGGUAGCCAGAUGGGAGCACAAAACGCGAGCGCUCAGCCAAGUCUUCGGCUCUCCACAUGCUGCCUGCUACUGCCUCGGCGCUGUUAUCCUGAUGCUUAACUGUGUGCGGAGCCAUUGCUUCACAGAAGCCAUGAAGAGCCAGCCGAAGCUGGAGGGCUUGGACUGCCACUGGGCCUAUUACUUGGGCUUGGCCGUCUUGGCUGUAGGGACCUUGUUUGUCAUCUCCAGCUUCUUAGCACUGGGAUUCACCGGGACGUUCCUAGGUGAUUACUUUGGCAUCCUGAUGGAGGCAAAAGUGACCAGCUUCCCCUUCAGCGUCCUGGAUAAUCCCAUGUACUGGGGCAGCACAGCCGUCUACCUGGGCUGGUCCCUCAUGCAUGCAAGCCCAGCUGGCCUUUUGCUGACAGCUGUAGUGGCAAUUUCCUACACAAUUGCAAUGCUGUAUGAGGGGCCUUUCACAGAGGAAAUAUAUCGGCAGAAACAGAAGGGAGCGAAGAACAAGUAGCAACAGUGUCUCGGAUACCUCGGCACAGCGUGCCUCUCCGGUCCCCACGCUGUCCGAUUUGCCCGUUUUCCUACUGAGAUGUAUCCUACUAAUUAGCCCAGCAACCCUUAAUGAGCCGACUGAGCCCCCUGCAGUAUUGGAAGCGAUCAGAGGAACAGCCUGAGGACGGUGGCACCUCCUCGCUGCAGCCCGCGGGAGCUGGAGGUCCCUGUCCCCAGGUCUGUGUCCCCAUUGCCGGAUCACUGCAGCUCCUGCCGCGAAGGCGAUGCUCUCCCAGGAGCCAGAUGGCAUGGGACCUCCUGACCUCUCCUCCCACACCAAUUAUUGGAGAUCUGCAGGGGAAAAAGCAAUUCAGCGCCAGCCCCGGACUGGAGGGCAAGCAGAGUAACGAUGGAGACACUGAGGGCCUUUCGUAAGUGAGCUCUGAGCGCGGGGAAGCACCGGCUCCGGCUGAUGCUGAAGAUCAUCCAGACAUGCUGCCGAAGAGCCACAGGGAGCAAACAAAAGCUCGAGCGAAGGAACGGAGAGGGCUCAGGAGCCCCUGAGGCGUUCAAACAUGGCUGGGGAAGGAAGAGGGGAAACUGCUGCAAACUCAACAACAAAACCUGCUGCAAACCCAACAACAAAUCCCCUCUUUUCUGGGAGAGGGAAACCCCCCUGUCCAGAGCUGCCGUUUCCCACCUGGGCAGAGCCCUGUAGCAUCUCCACGCUAUUUGCAAAGGCUCCGAGAAAGGUGACUGAAAAGCACGUAAAUGUGAAUGUACGACCUAAACCACUGCCGAGGGGGAUGGAGGGACGGCAGCCAUCCCGUGGGGAAACGCCAGCAUGGAGAAGACCAAGGAGAAGAGUCAAUCCCCAUCCGUGCCCUGCAGAUAUCCCAUCCCUGGCCGUGUCGGUGCCCCGGGCUCCUCCACACCCACCCAGCCCCUCCUUUUCCCUGGGGGCCAUGUGAGGGUCCUGCCUGCUUUCCCCACCACCCAGUGCCUUCCAGCUGUUUUUCACUGCC